GUUCAUGUUAGUAAGGUGGAAUGGGAGACGUGUCCACAGUAUAUAAAAGAGCGAUGUUACCGCGGAUCGGCUUCUGAACUGGGGCUGAUUUAUUCGUUGGAUUAUUCCUAUUGUUUUUGUACUUAGACAAUACGAAUUAUCCUCGUGAUGGCCCUCAGUCAGACAAGCGUGCUAAAAUUAUACAAUACUGUGAUAGAGGAUGUUAUAUCCGGCGUAAAAGAGUCAUUUAUAGAUGAAGGUGUAGACGAACAAGUACUACAAGAACUCAAACAAAUAUGGGAAGGCAAGCUGAUGUCCAGCAAGGCUGUCGAACUAAAUCCAGAUCCUCCAGAACCUCAGGUCCCUCAAAUAAAUACGCAUAAAGCUGUGUCUGUUAAUAAAGGAGUAAAUGUAGGAAACCACUUUGUACAGCAAACGGGAGGAAAUUCUGCUCCGCAGCAACCACCGCAACAGCAACAACAACAGCCGUCGCAGCAGCCUCAGCAACAAACACAAACUCAAUGUCAUUCGAAUACAACUGGUAUACAACAACAUACUGGCACACCAGUGCAACAGUUAGUGACAUCUACAUCAGCGGUGAUGGAUCGGCAAGUACCCAUCCAGAUAACAUUGCCACCGCAAACUGGUGUUCCAGAUGCUCCGCAAAGAGUUUUGACUAUCCAGGUUCCUGCGUCUGCAAUUCAGGGUAAUCAGUUACAUACAAUCCUGACGGGUCCAGUUAUUUCAGCGGCAAUGGGAUUGCCAGCAAAUCUGGCUUCCACAUUGCUUCAGCAGCAUGUCAAUUCUACGCUUCAAGGCCAAGCAACAUUGGCGCCUCUUCAAGUUAGUCAGCCGCUUCAGGUUGUUACACAGAAUACAAAUAAUGUUUCUCAACGAUCUGUACAAAAUCAGAAUAACAUAGCACAAUUGGAUGGCCCGCUCGGAGACUCAUCGGACGAUGACGAAGAAGAGGAAGAAGAGGACAAUGAAGACGAAGAAGAAGAUCUUGAUGACAAAGAGGAAGAGGAAAAUGACGAAGCUGCUGCAAGAGAAGAGGAGCCAUUGAAUUCAGAAGAUGAUGUAACCGACGAUGAUCCAACAGAUCUUUUUGAUACCGAUAAUGUAGUCGUUUGUCAAUACGAUAAGAUAACAAGGAGUAGAAACAAAUGGAAAUUCUACCUCAAAGACGGUAUAAUGAACCUCAGUGGUAAAGAUUACGUGUUUCAAAAAAUGAACGGUGAUGCGGAAUGGUAAAAAAAAUAAUAUAUGAAGCUUCGAAAAUCGACCUUGAUAAUGUGUUCACGUGAAAUUGAUAAAAAAAUUUUUCAUUAGAUUCUUCUUUUGAAAAGGGUUCAAAAUUUCUUUUGGUAUAGAAGUGAUUCUUUUAAGAUUAAGGGAGAAAGUUCAUUAUUUAAAAAUUCUUU